CCCCGCAGGCUGCCGUAGCCAGGAAAGGCAAUCCAGGGUUGCUGCAGAAAAGUGCCACCAGCGUCGGCGGUUUCACUUUCGAUUUCAUCCGAUCUUCGGCGGAGGCCGGGCUUGUGGGGCACUUGGAGCGGGGGUUUGGAUCCCGGCCACCAGAUUUUUGAUCAGGAUUGUGAAAAUGAGUCUACGGAAGCAAACUCCCAGUGACUUCUUAAAGCAAAUCAUCGGACGACCAGUUGUGGUAAAAUUGAAUUCUGGAGUGGAUUAUCGAGGGGUCCUGGCGUGCCUGGAUGGCUACAUGAACAUAGCCUUGGAGCAGACGGAAGAAUAUGUAAAUGGACAACUGAAGAAUAAGUAUGGCGAUGCAUUUAUCCGUGGAAACAAUGUAUUGUAUAUAAGUACACAGAAGAGAAGGAUGUGAAGACACCAGGAGAGCAGUACUUUUCAUACUUGGAUAUAUUUUUCUAUGAGAUUUUUUUGUUUUGUUUUGUUCUUUUGUAACUUGUCCUGUUUCAUAAUAGUUGAUUUUUCACUGACAUGCGAGUGAGAAAAGUGCACAAAAUCGUGGACAUAGUUGUAAAGAGCUUCCUCCAUAUUUAAGUUCCAGGCAUUUUCUUUUCCUGUCAGUGUGCAGAAUGCAAAAGAAUAAAAAAAAAAAAGAAAGAAAGAAAA